AUACACGCUGAUGCAUUCGGAGGAAACAGGACACUUAAACUGUAUGCCGGGAAAUGGAAGAUGCAUUCAUAUCACUUUAUCAAGAAUUUCAGGUAUUACAAUCUGUAUGUAAAAAGCAGGCCGAACUGAUUGAGAAAUUGCUAUCAAAAAAGGGAAUUGCAAGUGAAAUGCCUUUUUCUAAGCCAGUCCAGUGCAGUGAUCUAGGAGACCCAGCUUGCACAGAGAGUCCUUUUUUCCGGCUACACGGAAUUGAAAAUCCCUAUGUAGAGUCUUCAAAACCAAAAACUGAUGAGAUUCCUAAUACUUCCAAAGAGCCUGAAGAAGAUCCCAGCGUCUUGUUAGAUUUUGAUGUUCACUUCCCUCCAAACACAGAACAGUACAGUUUCCUAGCCAGCGAAAAUGAAAAAGUAGAAUUUGCUGUAGGCUCUUCCAAAUCACAACACAACACUGAUAAAAGGAGCAGCACCACUGACAUUGAAUUAUUUAUCAAAAACUACACACCGCAAUUUCAGAAUGCAAAUGGCAGUGGAGACAAACUAAUUGGUGAUUCUGUAGCAGGUGGUCUUGAUUUUUUAAUUCCACCAAAAGCAGAUCAGACCUUCAAUCUCUCAAACUUCUAUGAAGAUCUAUGUUACCUCCAGUCAAAGGAUAUUUCAUUUGGAGAAUGCACAGAACCAGAGAACAAGCAUCCAAUUGGAAUUAGAGGACCAGCUCAGUCAUCUUGGACUCCUGUCUGUCUCUCUGAAGAAUGCCAGCUUGGCUGCCAUCUUGAUACAAGUUCUGAUAUCGGUCUCAGCUCACAGAUAUGUGACUUUUGUCAGGCCAUAUUUCCAGCUGGCUCUGCAACCAAAGGAGAAUAUCUCAGGCAUAUUACAGGGCACGUGGAAUGAAUUUUUUGCACCAUAUACAACCUUAAAACCAGACUAGAGCAUAUACAUGUUUCUAUAUAUGUACAUUUACUAUGUAAAUCUGAAUCUUAGCAAAACUAAUAAAAUUCAGCUGAAUGUUUGAGGAGCAUGGAUUUAUGAUUCUUCUCAAAGAGUUAUGUAAAUUACAUGUUUUAUGUACAUUAUAAAGCUUCCUACCAACCUAAA